AUGACCACAGGUUUAUGCCCAUGUCUCCAGUGGCCGUCAUCUAUUGAAAUUCAGUUUUGUCAAGCGGACCUUGGGGUUUAUGCCUGUAUUCCAACUACUGAGUGGUCGGAAUGGAUGGAUGAUGAACCACACAAGAAGGUCGAUCCUUUAGCUGAGGGAGAAUUUGAGCUAUAUAGUGACUUGCACGAUUUAUAUGAUUUCUGUGAAUCACCAGUUGACAUAGAGUGUCGUGUAAAAUCUCCAUACGAACAUGUGACAGGUCCUCCACAUGAUGUAACUGGUCAGCAGGUUUCCUGUGAUGUUGAUGAAGGCUUAAGAUGUUAUCAUUCUGAUCAGAUGCCACCCAUGUGCUACAACUAUGAAAUUCGUGUGCUGUGUGAGAAGCCUUGCGAGAACCAGGAGACAACUGCAGCACCAACAGGUCAACCAACUACUGAUGCACGAUCCACUGAAAGGCCACCUACUAGAACAUCAUCUGCUGAGGAACCAUCCACUGAACAGCCAACUACUGGAACACCAUCUACUGGGUCACCAACUACUGAGGAAGCAUCUACUGAACAGCCAUCUACUGAACCACUAACCACUGAGCCACAAUCCUCUGAACUACCAUCUACUGGAACACUUUCUACUAAACUGCCAACAACCGAGGCACCAUAUUCUGAACAUUUAACUACUGGAACACCAUCCACUGAACCACCAACUACUGGAACACCAUCCACUGAACCACCAACCACUGAGGCACCAUCAACUGAACAGCCAACUACUGGAACACCAUCUACUGAACCACCAACCACUGGGGUAUCAUCCACCAAACAGCCAACUACUGGAACACCAUUUACUGAACCACCAACUACUGCAACACCAUCCACUGAACCACCAACCACUGAACAGCCAACUUCUGGAACACCAUCUACUGAACCACGGACCACUGGGGUAUCAUCCACCGAACAUCCAACUACUGGAACACCAUCUACUGAACCACCAACUACUGCAACACCAUCCACUGAACCACCAACCACUGAACAGCCAACUUCUGGAACACCAUCUACUGAACCACGGACCACUGGGGUAUCAUCCACCGAACAUCCAACUACUGGAACACCAUCUACUGAACCACCAACUACUGGAACACCAUCCACUGAACCACCAACCACUGAGGAACCAUCCACUGAACAGCCAUCUACUGGAACACCAUCUACUGAACCACCAACUACUGAGGUAUCAUCCACUGAACAACCAUCUACUGGAACACCAUCUACUGAACCACCAACUACUGAGGUAUCAUCCUCUGAACAGCCAUCUACUGGAACACCAUAUACCGAACCACCUAAUACAAAUUCACCAACCACAAAUCCAGGUGAUAGUAGUAGCAAAGGAAGUAGUAGUGAGAGUAAAGAAAGUGGUGGUUGCACUGGCAAGGACUGUGAAAGCAAAGGAAGCAGCAGUGAUAGCAAGGAAAGUGGUGGUUGCACUGGCAAGAGCUGUGAAAGCAAUGAAAGCAACAGAAAUAGUCAAAAUGUUCCAAUACCCAAAUGUCUUGGCUAA